CAAGCAGUUAGAGUAAAAUCCCGGGGUGGAGUUUUACUUUCUGGACCUGAAUCAUCCAUAUCUAAUUUUCAACUCCAGCGCAAGGGUUAAAUCUGCUGCUUCGGCUGUACGGGUAUAUUAUGGCGAGAGUGGGCGGGCCUUUUCGCCGUGGGAGGAGCCUCGCGUCUACAGACGUGCGGCACGUCCGUUAGUCUGAUUGGUCGGCGCGGGUAUGGGCGUUUGCUUUGGCCGCACAAAACGAGCGUUUACAAUACAGGAGCAGCAGCAGCAGUAUAGAGAGAGAUAGAGAGAGGUGAUGCUGCUGGUGAUGGUAAGCACAGAUACAGAUCACAUGCCACUGCUCAUUUACGCUCAUCUAGGCUAGUCGUUUCUCGUCUGAGUCAGUCGUUUUUCUGGUUCUCUGGCGGUUUGCAGUGGAUUUGGGACUCGAGGGGAGAUGCUUUCUCCGUGAUUGAGGAUGCGAUGAGAAAGAGGAAAAAGUACGGGCGUUGGAAUAGUUCCGCUGGACGGACGCGUCUGUGUUGUUCCCUGUAGAGAGAGAGCAGCGUUAUGUGAUCGCGUAGGUCGUGAGCUCGUAUUUGAAAACACGGGACCUGUCCGCUUAGAAGAGAGCGCCUCCCUCAGUGCACCUGCCGUUCUCUCAGAUCUCCUACACACUGGUGGAUUUAUUUGCUGAUGCCAACACCUCCAGAUUGCCUGUAUGGCCGGAUCAUGAAGUUUCUGACAUUUUUCCUUCUGCUUCCAGAGACCCUAAAAAGGACUAGAAAGAGUGGGAAGGGACCCGGCAAGCUGCCAGCAUGCUAUGAGAUUGUGACUUUGUCCUUGAAGAAGAAGAUGGCUGCAGAACUGUACCCUGCUAGCAUAAAUACUAAUCUGCCGAACAGCAACAGUCCAGCGGUUACUGCCACCAGUAAAAAGAACAUUGUUCAGGUGACCCAAACAGUGACCACCCCGACGUCCACCACCACUCAGCAGAACAUCAACAAUAACAACGUCGAGACUGCCACCUGGCAGGCGACUCAUCCGACACUGCGAGAAAGGAAUGCUUUGAUGUUCAAUAACGAACUAAUGGCUGAUGUUCAUUUCAUUGUGGGUCCCCCUGGCGAGUCCCAAAAAGUCCCAGCCCAUAAGUAUGUGUUGGCAGUGGGGAGUUCAGUGUUUGGUGCCAUGUUUUACGGGGAUCUUGCUGAAGGCGAAUCUGAGAUUCAUAUUCCUGACGUGGAGCCUGCUGCUUUUUUAAUCCUAUUAAAAUAUCUGUACAGUGACGAGAUUGAACUGGAGGCGGACACGGUGCUGGCCACUCUGUACGCCGCCAAAAAGUAUAUAGUGCCUGCCUUGGCCAAGGCCUGUGUCACCUUCCUGGAGACCAGCCUGGAGGCCAAGAACGCCUGUGUGCUGCUGUCCCAGAGUCGGCUCUUUGAAGAGCCUGAGCUCACUCAGCGUUGCUGGGAGGUUAUCGAUGCUCAGGCCGAGCUGGCUCUGCGUUCUGAAGGCUUCUGUGAAAUUGACCUACAGACCUUGGAGAUCAUCCUGAAACGAGAGACUCUAAACACUCGUGAGGCUGUAGUGUUUCAGGCCGUCUUGGAAUGGGCUGUGGCCGAAUGCAAAAGGCAAGGACUGGGACCAACGGCUCGCAACAAGAGGGCCGUGCUGGGCAAAGCCCUCUAUCUGGUGCGAAUUCCUACCAUGACGCUGGAGGAGUUUGCAGAUGGAGCAGCGCAGUCGGAUGUGUUGACACUGGAAGAGACUCAUGACGUUUUUCUGUGGUAUACAGCAGCCACUAAGCCCAAACUGGACUUCCCACUGACUAAAAGGAAGGGACUGACGCCGCAGCGUUGCCACCGCUUUCAGUCCUCUGCCUAUCGCAGCAACCAGUGGCGCUACCGUGGCCGCUGUGACAGCAUCCAGUUCGCUGUGGACAAGCGGAUCUUCAUUGCUGGACUGGGCCUGUAUGGCUCUAGUGGCGGGAAGGCUGAGUACAGCGUCAAAAUCGAACUGAAGCGUCAAGGGGUGAUUCUGGCCCAGAACCUGACUAAGUUCAUUUCGGACGGUUCGAGCAGCACUUUCUCUGUGUGGUUUGAGCACCCGGUUCAGGUGGAGCAGGAUGCCUUCUACACAGUUAGUGCCGUGUUGGAUGGGAAUGAGCUUAGCUACUUUGGACAAGAGGGAAUGACAGAAGUGCAGUGUGGGAAGGUGACCUUUCAGUUCCAGUGCUCUUCGGACAGCACUAAUGGCACUGGUGUGCAGGGCGGUCAGAUCCCAGAGCUGGUCUUCUAUGCCUGAAAGGUGUGAGGACAGCAGUACUGAAGUGCAUUCCACUCAGCUGGAUUUGGAUGCAAUGAACACAUGGGAAAGUACAGGGUCCUGAGAGGCUCUUGCCUUCUUUUCAAUGUAGCAGUGGAGGACAAUUGAAUGGCAAAGCCUAUCUACACUAAAACAGACUCUUCUGACAAAGUAUGAGUGAAGGAAUGCUCCUCUGCUUUAUUUAUUGAAAAAAAAAGUAUAUUUGAUUUAAUUAUUGAUGCUGCGGCAUGCAGAUCUAUAUAUAAAUAAAUAUAUAUAUAUAUAAACAAAGAAAUAGAUGUAUUGCACUCCUGGUGGCUCACUACCACUAGCGCGUUGUGUUUUGUACAUAACCUGAGGCUAAUUUGUUUACAGCUUGAUGCUGACUGACAAAUGAAAUGUCUUGUAUUAGUGUGCAGCUUACUAAACUGCAGAUCAUAAAAGUUUUGUGACUCAAA